UAUGACCCUGGUGUCUAUCAUGAUCACGACAGAUCCUCGAUCAAGUCCAAGAGAUCGCAAACCUCAAUGUCGACGGUAUCAACAGGUUCGGUCGCUAAUCAGCCCAACGACUCCGACCAAACACCAAACUCUGUGCGAGCUCUUCUUUACAUCCCAAACUCUAUAUGGACGCGAAUGUUCGCGACAACUAUGGUAACCGAAAUGGUAUUCACGGUUGCAAUUGAAAUUUGGGUUCUCAUGAGUCUUUGGAAUCAUCUGGGCGACGAUACAGGGGCCACAGAAUCCCAUCUGCAAUCCUUUUUGGGCCUUUAUGUAUUUGGACUUCUAUACGAGCUAGCACUCUCAUACGAUGCGUUGCGCCGUAGAAAUACAAUACAACUAGUCGGGCUCUGUGUUUGUAACCUGGGCUUGACGGCAUAUGGCGUCCUCCAAAUGCAGGAGAUUGAACCGACAUUAAAAAGCAUGAUGGCAGAUGCUCUGAUUGAAACACGUCUGCUUCACCUAUAUCGCGCGGUCCUUAUCCUCGUACCAAUAAUCUUGGCCAUCGGCACCCUUUGCAUGACUUUUCUCACGUGGAAGUUGCGAGCUGAGUUCUCGUGGUCUAUCUAUAAAAAUAUUAGUGCCGAUCUACAGAUGAAACGUCGAUAUUUGACAUAUCAGGUGUACAUCGCACUACUGAAAUUCGAUUUUUUCUUUGUGUUUGGAACACAGCUUCAAUUUCUUCUCAUCGUUGUCAAAUUCGAAAGCCUCGAUUUCAUUGUCAAUGCUGCUUUUGUACCGAUAGCCAUCGCAAGCCUGGUACUAUCAGCAUAUUAUUGCAAAAGAGAGAAAAGGAAAUCUCUCAUUGGCAUGAUGUUUUUGAUGCUAAUCACAAUGGCAUUUUUGGUUCUUGCUAUAAUCCGAGUUAACAGCAACUACACCUCGGCUAGAGUCUCCAUCACUCUCUUCGCAAUUUUCUCCUUGCUGUUGCUGAUUGCUACACUCAUCAACUCUCUGUUGUGUGUUAUGAAUUUUCACCAAGGAUUGAUGACUCAUGUUAAUCCACCAGACAAUGACCCAGCCAGUCUGCAGCUUAAACAAAUGGAGACUCCUACGCGAUUCUUGCUCAGUUAA